AAUCCUUCCGCCACUGUAAAACUUGAUAAAAGGAAGUGAAUUCUCGAUAUAUCAACGUUAAAAUUGGAAAAUUUCCUAAUUAAAAUGAGAUUAGAAUUUUUAGUGGUGGCUAUAUUUUAUGUAACUGCAUUUACGUGCAUUCUACCCGCGCCGAUAACGCUGCAAUUAAUCUUGGAAUUUGCCAAGUGGAGAGCAUGGGAUCAAAUAGUGCUAUUCGAAAACUUGACUUCCUUAGAUUGUGUAAUCAGUUAUGCCAGGCCUUUAAUCGGGUGUCUGACCCUCGAGGGGAUCGGUGUAUCAAUCCAGUCAGCUAUGAACCCGAAUCUACCUGAUGCCCUCACUAUUCAAAAGCACCGCAUCGGUUCCAUAGUUCUUCUCGAUGGGCUCAAUCUCACGUCUUCUGAUAACAUUCUUAACGUGGCCUCGCAAAAGUCUCAAUAUAAUUACUACGUGUCCUGGCUGAUGAUAACGGCGAGGAAUACGGACACGACGAUCGAUACUGUGCUCCGACACCUAAACAUCGGCAUCGAUAGCGACGUGGUGGUCGCCACACCUGCGUCAUCGUACGAGUCAAUUCAAAAUUCGACACGAACAUAUUGGAACAGAGAUCCUCGUCGAAUAUUCCAUAGGACUUGUUCGUUUCUACGGCGCUACGGCGAACAGUACGUCUUCCGGGAGCCGCCGUUGAAACGGUCCGACGAGAAUGCGUCGAUCAAUUUGAAUUACACCGUCCCCGAGAACAGCACCGCCAUGGUUUAUCACUUUGUCCACGUGUACAAGAUCCGGUACACGGAUAAUACUAGCCUGGUCACAGAUUUCCUCGGCUCCUGGAGCCCAGACUGUUGGUCGCUGCGUAAUCCCGUCAGCGUGAAGCUGCGCAGCGACUUUAAGGGUCUGCCGAUCGUUUUCGGCGUGUUGAACGGGACGAUCGACGGUCAGAUGGACGUGACCGAGGAGAAGGCCAACGAUAUCGGGCCGCUCCUAGAUUUCGCGAACUUUGUCACCAACAGCGUAAAUGCCAGUAUAGAAUUGGUGCCGCACGAGAAACUGGGUACUUUGAACAACAAAGUUUGGAACAACUUGCUCGGGGACGUUGUCACAGGGGCUGUGGACAUUGGGCUUGGCUACAUUACCGUGAACAAGGAACGACAAGCUGACAUGUCGUUCUGUCACCCUCUGAUCCGUUACAUGAGGAACAUAUAUUAUCAUCCGCUGGAGACUGGUACCAUGAGAGACAUAUUCCGGCAGCCGUUUAACAAUUACCUGCUAGGCUGCGUCGCUUCGACUUACCUCGCAAUAUUAAUAGUGAUGGGAUCGAUCAUUUAUGCGGCGAGAACCGUUUUACACCACACGGAAGAAGAACGCGUCGGAAUCGGCCAAGUCGUCGUUUGGUGCAUCAGCAUAAUGUGCAUGCAAGGUUCAGCUUGGACACCGCGCAAUCCAUCAGGGAAGACGGUUUUAUUAUUCAGUUUAAUAUUCGCGUUGGUAAUGUACAACGCUUACGCUGGUUUUAUUACUUCGAUCUUAUCGGUCCAAGCUAGUGGCAUCAAAUCCAUUACUGAUAUACUGUCGCUUAAUUUUAAAUUGGGUUGCAGCAUAAACGAUGAUGAAUACAUUAGGACUGCAAACGACAGUCACCUUCGUGAAUUAUACAUAAGAGCAUUCCAUAGCAUGGAAUCUCGUUUGGACACGAUUUCCGGGCUGAAAAAGACGGUACAGGGGCAUUACGGUUUUUUCGUCAGCGCGACGCUCGCUCGGCGCGCGUUGAGAUCAACUCUGAUCCAAGAGCGAUGCUCCUUAAAAGAGCUACCUCUGCCGCAGACCUUCACGAUGGUGGCUUUGCCCAUGGCCAAUUCCUGCCCUUACAAAAAGAUUAUUAACCUAACCAUACUGAAAAUACGAGAGCGUGGCGUUUUGAAUCGGAUAACAGAACGGAUGUUGCCGGAAAUGCCUAGGUGCAAGUCGCCCACGACUUUCCACAGCGCCAGGCUGGCCGACGUCUACUCAGCCUUUUUUAUCCUAAUCGCCGGAUGCUUGUCAGCCAUCUCGAUUGGAAUCGCGGAAAGGAUUUGGAACAAGAGGCGGCAGAUGAAAGAGACUAUCGUUGGAGGGAUGCGUCGGCAUCACCUGAUACCUUCGCGCUUUCCCCAUUUCACGCAUUUACCCCAUUUCCCUUCCUUCUCUCAUUUUUCUCAUUUGCAUUUACAUCGAAACGCGCAGAACGAUUUCUCCCAGGAUCAUGACAACAAACGCGUUGCGUCAAGUUCUGUAACCUUGGAAAAUUUGCGAGCAAAUGAUUUGGAAAUCGACGUGGAACCGGUGACGGGGAAACCUCGGUCGGAGUCGAGAUUCUUUUGGAGAAGGCAAAACAAUUCGAAAGGGGAGAACUGGUAUCCGUUUUCGAGCCUCCACAGGGAAAAGCUCGGCAAGAAUCAGAGGACCGGAUCCACCGAUAAGACGCCUUUCCCUUUCCACCAAUAAUCAAUGCACGAUUGCUUCCUUAAGCCUGUUGUAUAACGAUUUUAACCCGUUUGACAUUCUCUAAUUCAUUAUAAUUUAUUCAAUGUCGACGGCAAGGUGCAUGUAAAAGAAUAUGUAAAUAAGUUCUCACAGAAAAAUAGAUCGACGAACACGGAUAGCAAUUUUUCACGUGUACGCUUUUUACAAUAGGAAUCGUCGUAUAGUUUUUAUAAAAAAAAAAGAGACUACUUCCGUUGCCUGCCGUACUCGCCGUACGCCGCGGUGAUUUUCAUCUUUGCGCUGUAAGUCUUGAACGGAGAUUCGUAUUUGUCCGUGUCCUCCAUGCUCCUACAGUCCCUCAGAAUUCCAUGGUCGCUUCUAAAAAGCGCGAAGAAUAUUUUUCACACUCUUUCACUUAUGAUAAAGUCCAUAAAUAUUCGUACACAUCUCACAAUCAAAAAAAAAAAGGUGGACGUAUCGAAAAAUAUUGAAUUUUCUGUUUAUUCAAGUUCAAAGAGCCGGACGACGUCAAAACCUGCGAUUUUCUCAACAUUCAAUCGUUUGUGGGAACAUACUUAGGUUUGCAAAGAGCAUGUUUGAAAUUUUUAUUAGAGAGCCGAAUGAAAAACUUGUAAAUUAUGUCUUUUACAUUUUCCUCAUAUCCGACGUACAGCAAUUUCAUUCUUAUUUUUUGUAAUACAUGCAUAGUCAACUAAUCUUUCUAAUAUCAAAACAAAAAUUAAUUCAAGUUCAAUAUUAAAAGAGUUAUUCAUUUUUUAAAUGUGUAUGAAUUUUCAUGAACGCAGUAAAUGAACUUUGUUCUCUACCGGCACAUGACGACAGACAGAUUAGGGUAUUUUUCAUCGUCGUUGCACCAUUGCUGCCAUUGCUCGUACAACGCUGCUUCACCGAUUUCGUCCAAAUAAUAAUGACAGUGGUGUUUCAAUCUAAACGAUAUUCAAUAAACAGAUGCGUGUUACAAUUAAAAAA